UUGCUAACUUACAUUGAACAGUUACUUUGUGCCAAGAACACUUUUUAGUAUUUCCCCCGUUUUCACAUUUAAUUUCUCCAACAAGCAUAUGUAGGUUUUUAAUUUCGCCUAUUUUCCAAAUAGAAAAUCUAAGGAAAUAACUAAGGUAAGAACAAAAAUGUUAACCACUUUUCCUAAUAUCACACAGCAUAAAGGUGACUGAGGGAGAAUUCAAGCUCAUCAAUAAGAGACAGAGUGAAAAGGAGGGAUGGAGAAGAGGUGAAUGAGAGAGAAAAAAGAGAAGAUAAAGGGAGAAUAUCCAGGGAGAGAAGAGGGGAAGGAAAGAGAGGAAAGAUGGGAGACAGUGAAAUAAAUCAAGAUACAAGGUCACAGAGAACUAAGAGAACAAAAGAAAUAGAGAAAGAGUUAUAAAGCUAAUAUGUAGUGAAUAGAACUAUGUAAUAAAUGUAGUAAAUGUAUACUCUUUGAGAGCACAGAUGGAACACAUCUAAUAUUUAGCAAAGUGAUUUUUUACUAGCUGGUACUUACAUAUAUUUUAUAGAAUAUUUAUAAUGAACAAUUUUAAUCAGAGACAAAAUAUGAGGAAGAUGUAAAAGAGGAAGAGAGAGAGUGAAUGAUGAAUAUCAAAGAUUAAAGCACUUCACUAAAUCUUGCAUUUUUUCCCAAAAUACAGCUGGUGAAAAUCUUAUCCUUGAGUAGAGAGGAAUCAAACAAGUCAUAUAUCACCCUUCUUCCUGUCUGUACUGGAACCAUCACAGGCUUUUGAGCAACUACUUUUGAAACAUUCCCCAGAGAGGUAUUUGCCCCAGUAGCUAUGAUUAUAAUUUGCAAUGACAGCCACAGUGAUUUCAUCCUUCUGGGCUUCUCUAACAAGCCACAUUUGGAGAAGAUACUUUUUUGGGUCAUUUUUAUUUUUUAUUUUUUGACUCUUGCAGGAAAUAUGGUCAUAAUUCUUGUGUCCUUGAAGGAUCCAAAACUCCACAUCCCUAUGUAUUUCUUUCUUUCCAACCUUUCCUUGGUAGACCUAUGUUUCACCAGCAGCUGUGUUCCACAGAUGUUGAUUAACUUCUGGGGCCCAGAAAAGACCAUCAGCUACAUUGGCUGUGCCAUUCAACUCUAUGUUUUUUUGUGGCUUGGGGCCACAGAAUGUGUCCUUCUUGUUGUCAUGGCUGUGGAUCGUUAUGUAGCAGUGUGUCAUCCACUGCAAUAUACCAUGAUCAUGCACCCAAAACUUUGUCUGCAGCUGGCUAUCCUGGCAUGGGGGACUGGCUUGGCCCAGUCUCUGAUCCAGUCCCCUGGCACCCUCCUGUUACCCUUCUGCUCCCAUCGGAUGGUGGAUGAUGUUGUUUGUGAAGUCCCAGCUCUGAUUCAGCUCUCCAGUACUGAUACUACCUACAAUGAAAUUCAGAUGUCUACAGCCAGUGUUAUCCUCCUGGUGGUGCCCUUGAUCAUUAUCCUUUCCUCUUACGGUGCUAUUGCUAAGGCUGUGCUGAGGAUUAAGUCAACUGUGGGACAGAAGAAAGCAUUUGGCACCUGCACCUCUCACCUUCUUGUGGUUUCUCUCUUUUAUGGCACUGUCACAGGUGUCUACCUUCAACCAAAAAAUCACUAUGCUCAUGAAUGGGGUAAAUUUCUCACUCUUUUCUACACUGUGGUAACCCCAACUCUUAAUCCCCUCAUCUACACUCUAAGGAACAAGGAGGUAAAGGGAGCACUGAUAAGAUUGGGGAGGAGGACCUGGGAUUCCCAGAAUAACUAACAAGGUUACCCCAUCACAAAAAGCUGGAGAUACACCUCCUAAGCCAAAAGUAGGAGAGAAAAAGCUGCAUUCUGUUCAGGUUGAGAUUUCAGUUCCCCUUAUCAAUCAU